AUGCCCCAGAGCGAGCUGUGGCCAGCGGGGCCUGGCUCGGAACCCGUGACCGCCCGCAUCGGCAGCUGUGACAGCAUCAUGAGCACCACGUCCACCCGCUCUGGAUCUAGUGAUAGCAGCUACGACUUCCUGUCCGCUGAAGAGAAAGAGUGUCUGCUCUUCCUGGAGGAGACCAUCGGCUCACUGGACACUGAGGCUGACAGUGGACUGUCCACUGACGAGUCUGAGCAAGACACAGCUCCGCAAGGCCCCCAAGCUCUGCCCAUAACCCAGCCUGCUCCCCAGGGAUAUCCAGGGGAGAAGAUCGUUCAGCAAGGACCAGAGCCAAGGAGAGGGACUCAGCUCAGCUCAACCCAUCUGCCUGAGCCCCAAGGCCUGGGCCUCAGGUCUGGCUCCUAUAGCCUCCCCAGAAAUAUCCACAUUGGCAACAACCAGAACUUCAGGAAAAGCACCACCCAGACUAAUAGCCACUGCCCAGGGGAACCGGAGGGGCUCGUCUCCGAGCCUAAGAAAGAGCAGGUCAGCCAAAGCUGUGAGCCCAACCAGGCUCCGGCCGGCCCCCAGCCGCCUGCCCGGCAGUUGGACACAGUGCCCAUCCCUCCGCCAGAGGCCUUCGGGGACGGCCAGCACAAGCCACGUGAGCGAGACCGCCUGCCCCUGGGGCCCGGGCAGCAGAGCCGUGCGUCACUCCGCCCCCGGGAGAGCAAGGAGACUUCCUCAGAGGCCAUGUCCCAAAAGGCCAAUGAGAAAGGCUCGUCGGGGGAACUAGGGCAGCCUCGGCCUCCUCCCGCCACGUCGUCUCAGAAUGUGAGAGCCAAAGACGCUCCCGCCCCACCAGGGGGGGACCCCAGUGCCCGGCUUGCGCCCCUCACAGCCUCUAAGCCCCGGAAGCUGCCCCCCAACAUCGUUCUAAAGAGCAGUAGAAGCAGUUUCCACAGCGAGCCCCAGAACUGGCUGUCCCGCCACUCGGAGGCCGGCCCCGGAGACUCGGGCCUGGCCUCGUCCUCGCUGCAGGAGCAGAAGAAGGCGCGCCGAGAAGCCCUGGAGAAGCUGGGGCUACCCCAGGACCAGGAUGAGCCCAGCGCCCACUUAAGUAAACACGCCAGCUCCACCCGACUCCAGGCCCCCCUCCAGGCUCAGGCUCCGGUUCAGCCCGCAGUUCCAGCUCAGGGCACAGCCGCCGUGCCCACUGGAGGAAAGGCUCCAGCCCCAGCUCCGACACGGGGACCUUCUCCGGGGAAGGCCCCGACUCCCACUCCAGCUCAGGGGUCUUCUCCAGGCAAGGGUUCGAUUCCUGCCCAGGAACCCGCUCCAGGGAAGGCGCCAGCUGCCAAAUCCAUGCCAAUUCCUAUCCCUAUGGCCCCCAGGGUAAGUAGGCCCCUGACCCAGCCAAGGCCAGACCCAGGGCUGACUCUCCGGGAGAGCAACAUCCCUGGCCUGAGACAGAUGAACUUCAAGUCCAACACUCUGGAGCGCUCAGGCGUGGGGCUGAGCAGCUACCUCUCGGCUGAGAAAGACCCCAGCCCCAAAACCAGCACCUCUCUGGGCAAAGACUCCGUCUUGGACAAGAUGUCUCCUAAUGUCUUGCGUAACUCGCGGCCCCGCCCUGCCUCCUUGGGCACGGGGAAGGACUUUGCAGGGAUCCAGGUGGGCAAGUUGGCUGACCUGGAGCGGGAGCAGAGCACCAAGCGCCUGUCCUACCAAGGACAGAGCCGUGACAAGCUGCCUCGACCCCCCUUCGUCAGUGUCAAGAUCUCCCCAAAAGGCAUCCCUGAUGAGCACAGAAGGGAAGCUCUGAAAAAGCUGGGACUGUUGAAGGAGUAG